AACUAGAAACGUCAAAACCGACAACAGCUGCUGAUACUGUUGGAAGACGAGUUUGUGACAGAUGGGGGGCGGGGAGGUUAGGAGCAUUAUUAUCAGGUUACUAAGCCUUGCUAUUUACAGUGUGGUGCAGUUACACGAAGACAGGAUGUCAUUCCUGGAGCUUCCCAGGCUUUAGUUGUAUUUAAAUGGGUCGUUUUAUAAAGUGAUAAACAGGAGAAAUAUUACUGCAAAAGUUUUUGAUAAUACUAGUGUGUUCGUCGCGGCGGCGGUGAAACUUCGACUUUACAGGAGGUGUGCAGAUGGGUCAGGUGCUGUGGAGGGUUGCUAGAAACCAGCAGUUUCAGCAAGAAUACAGUGAGCAGGGCUACCUUCCAAGGGAGUGUGGCAGAAGAACGGCUGCUGCUGCUGAUAAUGUCAACCACCACAGACAAGGCCAAGGUGGAAUAGAUAUCUACCAGUUGUUGAAAGCUAGGAAAUCCAAGGAGGAGCAAGGGUUCAUUGACUUAGAAAUGCUUCCGCCUGAGCUGAGCAUUACUAUCCUGUCUUACCUGAAUGCUACUGACCUCUGCCUGGCAUCAUGUGUCUGGCAGGACCUAGGUAAAGAUGAGUACCUGUGGCAAGGACAGUGCAAGUCCACGUGGGGUCACUGUUCCAUAUACAAUAGGAGAUUGCCAUCUGAGUUCUCCUACAGAAAACUCUACAUGCAGCUAGACGAGGGCAGUCUUACUUUCAACGGCAACCCUAAUGAGGGAAUUGAGUACUUUAUGUCAAAGGGUAUUCUGAAUGACCACCCAGAGGAAGUUGCUAAGUUUAUAUUCUACACAAGAACACUAAAUUGGAAGAUGUUAAGGAUAUAUCUUGAUGAAAGGAGAGAUGUUUUGGAUGAGCUUGUAACACUUCACAACUUUAGCAACCAGUUCUUGCCCAAUGCACUGCGAGAGUUUUUCCGGCACAUUCAUGCACCAGAGGAGCGUGGCGAGUACCUUGAGACUCUCAUUACUAAAUUCUCACACCGGUUCUGUGCAUGCAACCCUGCUUUGGUGAGAGAGGUUGGUCUAAGUCCAGAUGCAGUCAAUGUACUUUGCUACUCCCUGAUUCUGCUGUCCAUCGACCUGUCCAGCCCACAUGUCAAAAACAAAAUGUCAAAGCGAGAGUUCAUUCGAAAUACUCGCCGUGCUGCUCAGAACAUCAGUGAGGAUUUUGUGGGGCACCUCUACGACAACAUUUAUCUUAUCGGCCAUGUGGCUGCUUCAUAGAACAAAACAUUGCAAGUAAUAUUUGCAUAAAAAGCAGCAAGCGCACAUAAAAUAUAAUCAUGCUAUAGACAAGGGGUUGCAUUAGUGCUGGUCAUUCUAACCUCUAUAAUACAAUCAAUUAUUAAGUCUUUACCGUGCUAACUGAAGGAUUGUGUGAAGAAUACUAUUUCUGUAUUUUUUGUUUGUUAUCAUGGUUUGCACAUGUUGGUGCCAAUAGACAGCAUAGAAUAAAAAAACAGUACUCUGAAUAACACUGACAUGUCAAGUUAGGACAAGAAAAUGGUAAUUGUGGUAAGGGGUUUCUUAAAUUAAGUUGCGCAUUAAACCCUAACUAUUCUUUUUUUGUUUUUUUAUUGUGUGUGAUGUGUAAAUAUUCAACUAGAGAGAUUUAUACACUUAAUUAUUUUAUUGUAUUUUAACUAAAUAAUUUUCUCUAAAAUGAGCGAGUUGUUUCUUUUUGUACAUUGUACAUUAUUUAUUUCCAAAACACUGACUGGAAUACAGUAUAUCUGAAAUAUUUGUAAACCCUUCUUAUAUCCUCCUUUUUUUUCUUGAUAUUCAAAUUUAGAAGCUAAUAGAUGAACGACGAAUAGUAUUUGGUACAUUAAUUUGCACUUUUGACAGACAAGUUUUAAAUGUAUAAAAUUUAACAAAAAGUAUUGUCAUGCAAGUAAAAGGUGGGGUUGCAGUAUGCAAAUGUGUCAGAUAAAUUGAAAAAUGUCAUACAUCAAGGUAGUAUUUUUGUCAGGUAUUCCAGAAGGUUUAAGUGCGGUAAUGCAAUAAGCACCGUGAAAUUAUCAGAAGCAGGUCAGACAGAAGAUUGAUAAGUGAAUGGCAGAGGACCCUGGUUGAGAACGAACAUGACAUUUGACCCAAGAGUGUUGUAUGUUUGCGCCGUAAUUUCACUUUUAUCCUUAAUUUGUUUUAAAGGCCAAAAAAAAAUACCUAUUCCCAACACAAAUAUAAUGUAAUACAGUAGACACCUGUUAAUCCGUUUCAAUAAUUCCUAUUUUGAUAAUCUGUGCGGUUUAAUACAGUACAUUGUCAAAAUGUAUUAGUGGAGAAAUCAUCUGAUCUAUGUGGAAGCAGGUAUUCACUCUCUUCAUUAGUGCAGAAUCUGUGCGGAAGUGGAUGGUCAUCAUUUAAUAUAAUGAAAUUGAGUAUAGUAUAGUGCAAACCAACAGACAGUAUUGUAUUGUAGUUACUGAAACCAGUGACAAGCGAGCAGAAAGCAGAUUUAAGACUCUCUUAGCCUGGCAGCUGAAUGUGAAGAGCAGUUAUGACAAUUAGAUCAGUGACUUUUUUUAAACCAGCUCUCUCUGCCUCUGAACAACGCUGAUUAUGUAUAGUAUAUGUUUUUACCGUUGUUGGAACAUUAUAUUUUAUUUGUAUUGUUGCAUUUUUUGAGUUUUCAAUUAGUAACACAAAGAUUUCCCAAACAGUAAACUCAAUUUUGCCUAAUCCAUGUUUUUCACUAAUGUGGGCUCAAAUUGGUCCCAAGUCUGCUGUACUGUAAUCCAAGUGAUACAUUUACCACCCAGAUGUCUGAACAAGUGAUUUCACGUAGAAAGAAACAGUAUUUUGUUUUGGAAGUAAUUGAGAUUGAAUUUUGCAUUGUAGAUUUAUAUGAUGUGAAAAAUGAGUUACUAAAAGCACUGUUGCGACAAAAUAACCCUGUAUACAUGAAUGUUAAGACAAAAGAUUCAUGAUUAAAAUACUGAAAGUUGUUACAUAUGAUCAUGACAAACACAUGGGUCUUUCCUAUACGAAAAUAACUCACACUAAUAUGUGUUCUAUGUGUGUUUUUCAAUUGCAAAUUGAUUAUAUUGGCACAUGUGGCAGGAUGGCUGGGUGGGUGACGUCACCAGACCAGGAAAUACACAGACUCUCAGGCAUGGUACUACAGGGUGAGUCGCCAAUGUGUUCUUUCGUUAUUAAAUGAAAUAAACAAAACAAAACAGAAACAAAAUGGCACAGUGGCCAAAAUUAAACAAACACAACCCUCAACAAAUAUCACGCUGGUCUGAAUCCAGCACGCGUAGCAGUUAUUGUUUUCAAUUUAUUCUCUCUCCUUCUUUCUCCCUUCAACCUUAUGAGUGGCUGAUGUGCUUUUAUGUACGUGGCCAUCUCCAAAUUAGUAAGCACUUAAUCAAUUUGGAGAUGGCCAUAUUUCGCUUAACCUCAUCCACAUUGCCAAACAACAACAAACUACAAUACUCUACAUAAUAAUAAUAAUAAUAAUAAUAAUAAUAAUAAUAAUAAUAAUACAAUAAAUAUAGGGGCAGGCGUAACUAGUCACAGCUCAGUUACUCAUUGGACUGGUUGAAACUGCCACACCCUUAGCCCAUAGACAUGUUUUUUUCAAAUGUUCUUGAUUCUUUUAGUUCCUAUCUGCCCCACAUCUUUGCUAUUAUUUUGACAAACCAAAAGGUGCUAUUUGUAAAGGUUAUUAGUGUAAAUAAGCAAGCACCAAAGAUGCUUGAUGAAUUUAUUUUUUAUUCCAUUGUUUUACAUCAAUAAAUUGUUUUUCUUGACACUGACAUUUCUUAGUAAAUAUGCAGUUUUCAGUCAUAUUUACAGGCAUUUCAUGCAUCUAUUUCAAUACAUUUUUGCAAAUUUCCCAGGCCAUUUUUACACCAAAAUGAAAAAAUGUUGUGAAUAGAAAAAAAAAAAUUGUUACGUGUUACUUUUUUAGUAACAUUUAAGAGUUUAUUUCCUCUGACAAAUCUGUCUUUAGUCUCAUAAGAUCCCUAUCAGAGAUGUAUGCACAUUUACGUGGUUAUGUUAUCCGCAAGACAAAUAUAAGUUGUAUGAGAGUUCUGUGCAACGGGCAUGAUAGUGGGUGCUGGGCACCCUACUCAUCCCUCAGGAUGUGGCUGCAUUAUCCAAUUAUGACACGGGAGUUCAUGGAAUAGCAUUUUUUUAUUUUCAGAAAUUAUUUUCACCAGCUGAAGCACUACUGCGGUCAAAAGCGGGUCAUGACAGAUUGUACUCGUAGACUUGUUCAAUGUAUGUUGUUGUUGGGUUGUUUUUUUUAGUUUUUUUUUAAAUUUUUUUAUAAUGAAACCAAUUCAUAACUAGGUUUUCAAUAGUAAUUCUUAAGACCUGAAAAUGCAGCCAAAUGACAUGGUUUAUAAAACAUCUUGUAUUACGGUUCAAAAACACUUGUUCAAACAUUUGGGUGGUGAAAGUAUCACUUGGGUUACAGUAUUACUCUCUAUAUUUGUGUUGGGAAUAGGCCAUUUUUUGUUUUAAAAAAAAAACAAAAACACGCCUGGCCUUUUAAAACAAAUUAAAGAUGACAGUGAAAUUACUGCACACUGUUAUGUACGGCAGUCCACCACUAUACUGUAAUCUUACAUUAUAUCGAUAGAAAGCGGUAUAAAACAGAAAGAAAAAUUGCAAUUACAUUGAGAAUGUUGUAUUUUAAUUUAAGACUACAAGUAAACAUACCCAGUGCAUAUGAUAGCCCUCAACUUCAGUGCAAAUGUCUCGGAGAUGGAAAAUGGCAGUGCAACAACAUUCCUGCUGCAGUGGAAACCCUGUAAGUUUUACUGUUGUAAGUAUUGUUCCUAUAGAACUGAAGUAACAUUUUCUACUUUUCUUUUUCUUUUAAACUUCCUUUGAUUGUAUAUUAAGAAUUACAUUCACUCAAAAAACUUCACUUUUAUACUACAUUAUUAUUGCUAAUGUAUUUGUUUUACUUUUAUGGUAUUAUUAGUAGUAGUAGUAGUAGUAGUAGUAGUAGUCGUAGUAGUAGCUGUCUUUAGCAAUAGUCAUAGUACCUCACACAAAAGAAUGCAGACCAGCAAUAGAAUCAUGAUGUCAGCAAGUCACGUUAAGUUUUUAAUGAGAUUUAGUAUUUCACUGUAUGUUGAGUACAACAGAGAAAGGUGGUUCUCAAGUUGAACAACACUGAAAACCUGGAAGCCUGACCUUUUGUUAUCUGUCUUGCCUGAUCUCAGGACAAAGACAAGUGUUACAUGAGGCCAGCCAAGAGGGGAUAUGUUUACAAUAGACACACUCAACUGUGUAUUUGCAUGUCAGCUGGAUGUGUUGUGAAAACAAGAUGUACAAGCUGGACCACAAAGAGGGCCAAAUGUACUGCUAAAAUAAACAGGAGUGUUCACAAUG